AUUAAGAUGUUUUUUACAAGUCGUUCAAUUUAAUACAGAAACAAAAAUAGAACAGUGCAAAAUACACCAGCAGCCUCUUCGCCUGGAAUACCUUCUAGGUUUUUGCUCGGCGCUUCAUUCGAAAUUAGCGCCGACACUUAUCGAUCGUUCCACCUGUAAAAUUAGACCGACUCCCCGUAAACACAAACAAAUCGCCACAUUAUUUACACCCACAUUUGGUCAAAAUUCUUCGUUAUUUGCAAAUAAUCGCACAAUUAUUGAAAUAAACGUGAAUAAUCCUCAUUUGACUGUUUUAAUUUGUGCUCGUUUGGUGUGACCUUCGGCAGAUGUCUCUGUCACAUUUUCAAAAUUUGAAAUCCUUCAAAAAAUGUCAUCGUAAUGGUUUUUUGGAGUUAUUAUUAUGAUAAGUUCAGGGGAUAUUAAUAUUCAAAAUUUCCAGUCACUUAUUGAAAAUUAUGAGGCUGCUCUCAAGGAGGUGACCGGGGAUUUGGACGACGUCCAAGCCGAACAAAAAGCACUCAAGAGAGCCCUCCACGAAAAUAGUCAAUUGAGAGAUGAAUUAGGGCGAGUUUACGUCGAUAUAACUAAAUGUGAAGUUGAACAUACGUACAAAGAGAGCGAUUUGGUUGAAAAUUUGAAGAAACAACUGCACACUGUAAUUGAAGAAAAAGAACAAGCGGUCAAAUUAUGGCAAAAUGCCGCAUCUACUGUUGAACUCCUUGAGUCAGAGCUGCGAAUUUUUCACGAAAACACCGAAGGAUUUAUUCCGAAAAACCAACUCACACAAUUGAAAAAUUCGUACGAAGCGAAAUUAAAUGAAUUGCAAGACACAGUCGUUCGGACGAAAGUCAAAUUAGAGGAAACAAUUAAUUUAAAGUCGAAGGAAUUGCAAAUUAAAGACAAGGAAAUUAUUGGAAGUCUCCAAAGUCAGGACAACACAUUUAAAAUAAUAAAAAAUCUCGAAGACGAAAUUCUGAACCUCCAACAAAGACUCAACGACUCGAACGGAAAUAAGGAGAAGUUGGAAAAAGACGUCCGUCUCAAAAAUGAAGAAAUCGACGCUUUGAAACUCAAAGUCAAAGAAUGUAAAGCCAAAGUUUCGGAAGCUCUUCAAGUUGUUGAAGCGGCGCUUAACGAAAAAGACGCGGCGCUUUUGCGCGAAGCUGAAGCCAAAGAAGAAACAGCGCGAUUUUCCCAAACUUUGACCGAAUUUAUCGAAGAAACCGACUUGAAAAUCAGAAAUAUACAAAGCGACCACGAGACAAGAGUGGAACAGAUGAGACAAGCACUGGAGGCGAGUCAGGAGUUGGUGAGAGUGAAGGAGAUGGAAAUUGAAACUUAUGUGAAAAAAUGCGCUAUAUUGGAGAACCAAAUUGAGGAUUUUCGCAAAAAUCGGACUUACGUCGACGAUGGAGGGACUUCUAAAAUCCUAGUUCUUGAGAAAAAUCUCGAAAACACGUUUCAGAAAUUGUUACUUUCAGAGAAGCAGAAUAUUCAGCUCAAGUCUGAAAUGGAGGACGUAAAAAACGACUUGGACCAAAUGUCCCACUAUUACGAGCGGGACAUUAACGCGAGAGAAGCCGAGAAAACGGCCCUAAAAAACGAAAUAAAACGACUCAAAGCUGAACUCGAGCAAAGCUUUCUGAGGGUGUCCGAAAGCACGGCCACCAUAAACGAUUUGAAUGAAAAAAUCUCGUCCAUGGAGAUAAACUUCAAAGAACAGAUUAAAGAAACGAAGAAUUCCUUCCAGCAGACGUGUCAAGAGCGCCAAGAAAUGGAGACUUUUCACCAACAAUUAGUCCAAGAAUUGCAAGAACAGUUGAUUUCGCAGACGGAAAUCAACAGGAAAUGGCGGACCGAGACGAAAAACAUCACACAACAAUUGGAAAAAAUCAUUACGGAAUUAAAAUCAGCGAACAACAAAAUGAAACUCGAGAAUAAAGUCCUUAACGAGCGUUUGAAGGACGCACAUGUGAAAAUGUUCGAGUAUCGCAAAUUCCUUGAAAUGAUUUCGCACGACGUCACGAAAAUUACGACAGUGACUUUGCCCGAAAUAAAAGAGUGUGCUAGGUGAUGGUUUGUUACUUUUUGUUGUUGAAUGUUUUAUUUAGCUGAUUGUGGAGUCAAUACAAGCAUUGAACAAA